ACUCCAGUGUGCCGCGCAGUGUGCGCAAAUGCAUUAAGUCUCCUGCAAUUUUGGUGGUUUCACAAUCCCGCGGCUUGAAACCAGGCGGGAAGACCCUCCUCAUCCUCAGAAGAUGCUAACAGCCUACAGAGAGGUAACUUCUGUUUACAUGGGACUCAGAAAUCUCCUGCAAAUCAUGGGGUUUCUGGCGUGCUGCUGCUUUGAACUGCGAGAGACAUCGGUUGUACAACUCAGACUAUCAGCACAGAAAGAUCUCAAGGCCAGAGAAUGGCAGGUGAACAGAAGCCCUCAAGUAACCUCCUGGAACAGUUUAUUUUACUAGCCAAAGGGACCAGUGGCUCAGCCCUCACUGCUCUCAUAAGCCAAGUCUUGGAGGCUCCUGGAGUUUAUGUGUUUGGAGAACUUUUGGAGCUGGCCAAUGUGCAGGAGCUUGCAGAAGGAGCGAAUGCUGCUUAUUUGCAGUUGCUGAACCUGUUUGCCUAUGGGACAUACCCAGAUUACCUAGCCAACAAGGAGAGCCUUCCUGAACUGAGCACAGCGCAGCAGAACAAGCUGAAACACCUCACCAUUGUGAGCUUGGCGUCCAGAAUGAAGUGCAUCCCCUACUCAGUGCUGCUGAAGGACCUGGAGAUGCGGAAUCUCCGGGAACUGGAGGAUCUCAUCAUUGAGGCAGUCUACACUGACAUCAUCCAGGGCAAGCUGGACCAGCGGAACCAGCUGCUGGAAGUGGAUUUCUGCAUUGGCCGUGAUAUCCGGAAGAAGGACAUCAACAAUAUUGUCAAGACCUUACACGAAUGGUGUGACGGCUGCGAAGCGGUCCUGCUGGGCAUCGAGCAGCAAGUGCUGAGAGCCAACCAGUACAAGGAGAACCACAGCCGCACUCAGCAGCAGGUGGAGGCCGAGGUGACCAACAUCAAGAAGACGCUCAAAGCCACCGCGUCCUCCUCGGCCCAGGAGCUGGAGCAGCAGCUGGCGGAGCGGGAGUGCGCCCCGCACGCCGAGCAGAGGCAGCCCGCCAAGAAGGUGUCCAAAGUGAAAGGUCUGGUCUCCAGCCGCCACUAGGGCUGGCUGGGGCAGCUGGCACUCACCAGCCCUGGGUCAGGUGGGGAGAGGACACCAGGGCCCGUUUCCUCCCCUCUGCCUGCAGUGAGUUCCAGACCUGCCCGCCCUCGCCAGCACCCACACCCCGUUGGUACUGUUCCGGAAGAACCGUUAGUCCUCUCCUCACCUCCCCCCCCAGUUGUUCCUUCAGACUCAGGGGCGCUGCUGAGAUGCCAUCCCAGGGUCGGACUUGUCCAGCUCCCCCCGGGGGUUCUGUCUCUGAGAAAGGGCUCAUCUCCCCUCCCAGGUUUCCUUUUGCCCCGCGUCAUUUUGUUAGGCUGGUCAUUCGCCGGAGGCGCCUGGCCGGUCGGGGGGCUGCGGAGGCCCUGGCGAGGCGGGCUGCCCCCCACAGCCCACGUGCCGCCGCGCCCGCCCUGCGCCUCCUCGCCAGGCUCUCGCGCUGGCUUCCCCUCCGGCCUUCCCCUGCUGGCAGCUCCGAGCGGGCCUGGAGCCGUGUGCGGGGCCGCGGUGCCGGCCACGCGGUUCGCAGCCCCGAGCCCAGCUCCAGGUCACACCGGUCGGAGCCUGGCGGAGCCCGCGCCCCGCUGCCUCCCGCCGCCACUGGCUGGCUGCUGCAGCGCCCCCCAGCGUGAUCCUCCUGGCUGCGUCGGUGGUGGCGUGGGCGUGCGAGGCCUCGCCUGGGGAGGGCCUGUUGCUGCUUCUGUCUCUUCCCGCCCCCCACCCCCACCGCCCUGGGGGGUGACCCAGAGCCCCGAUGAUGGUGUCUCCUGGCGAGAGAGAAGGACUUGACUAGCCUUUCUGGACUUGAACAGUUUCAGGUUAUAGUUUACUUUUUUUUUUUUGUACAGGUUCUGAUUCUAAUACAUUUCAACAUGCCUUUUCCCCCCCUGUGUCAAUAUUUGUUAUGGACAAAUCGCCGGGGAGGUCUCUGGUGGAGGGUGGGGUGUGUGUUUGUGUGUAGUGUUUUUUUUAAGGGGGAGGUGAAGGUCCUGGGUUGAUAAUAAAGUUCACUGAGGGAAAAAGCACAUUUUAGAAUAAAAAUAAAAGUGCAG